AUAAUCUUAGUCCUUUAAGGUUAGUUGCACGUGGUUAACAGCUGUAGAUGUCGUUUACUCGCUAUUGUAAAUUUAUAAUACCGUUUGUGACUAAUUAUUUUCGACCCAAAUUUUCUCAUUGAUAGGAUUAAAAAAUCACUGAACAUAUUCACCAAAAAUGUCAGCAACAGUGAGGAGGGAAUUAUCGAAACAGAAGAAACUGUUACACCCUAAUAGUCGAAAAAUUCUUGCAAUAGCCAAGAAGAGUAAAAAAGCGUUAAACAGGGAGAAUGCAAAACAAACCGGUUCAAUGAAACAGAAUUUGAUACGAGAAAAAAUGCUGUGGAUGCGGGAACAUAUGGUGCCAGACGUGUGCCCUUACACAGCUAGUCUAACCGGUGAAUUGCUUGAGAAGUACAUUGCCAGGCACGAUGAGGAGAUGGCUAAAAUUGCUGAGAGCAAACUGGGAAAGAAGAAUAGGAGUCAUACGAGCCGAGAGGAUGUCCUGAGGAUGACGAAGGAGAGGGAACUGGACGAGUACAAUGGGGCUGGACUAGAAAUUCCCAACAUUCUAAUUUCUGCCCAAUGCAAAAUGCUGAGGGACUGGGAUGGGGACCUUCAUUGUCUCCCGAAUUUCAAUUUUCGCCGAUUUGGGAGGAAACAUGUGCCAGCUUCGAUAUAAAAAUUUAUUGAAUUGUUUUUUAUAUUAAGCUCAUUAUGUACAUAUAAUAAAUUAAUAUUUUUAAGUUCACUGCCUCCUAUUUUCGG